AAAAUAGUCGCGGUCCGUCUGGUACUUUCAAGACGAAUUUCUUAACAUACAGCAGAAGCGGAUCUUUAGCUGUUUUCGAAUAUUGCAAAAAUAAUACAUCGUUAGAUUAUUUGGUAUAUGUGAAUUUAAAAUCACAUAUCAAUAAAUAAAUACUUUGAUAGAAAUCGUCGAAUGCCCCUUUUUAUAAAUAGUGUGAUGCGAUCACAUGGGGAAGGCGAGGGAAUGUCAACGAUCAAUAGUAUUACGAAAAUGAAUUGGUGAUUCGUACGUUGAAAAUUUUGUGUACAACAUGGUGUCCGGAGAUCACGAAAGGUUGCUACCCGAGCCGGAGAAUUACGUGAAAUGCUUUUAUGACCUUUUUAGAAGUAUUGCUGAAGCACAGAGAUUGACUUAAGCAGUGAUGUAAAUUACAAUAAUCCACCAGAAAUACAAAUAUCUUGCAAUGCUUCUGCAUUUGCUGUAUUUGCUAGUGUUAGAAAUGUUAUUUUGGAGAGGUAUAUUAAAUCAACUGAAGUUUAUAGAGCAUCAAAUUGUAAUUCUCCACCAUCACCAGAACAUAGUGAAACUAUUGAUACGGAGAGUGAUGAUGAAGACAGAAUAUCAACUAUACAGAGCUUACCAAAGAUUGUAGGUAUUGGUUUACGAAGUGUUUUUACAUUAAUGAGAGAGAGUAGAACAAUUGAACCUGCUUUGUGUACAAAAACAUUGUCAGCUUUAUUGGAUGUGUUACAAGGACAACUUCCUGAAGGCCUGAAAUCUGAACCAGAUGAUGUUAUUGAUCCACUUUUUGACCUAUUAUUGGAUCUUGCAACUUCACAUGGCCCAGAAUCAGCAGCUGCUAAUGAUGGCAGUCAUUUGACUGCAGUUGCUUGUGCAUGUUUAUUAAGUCUUGUGGUUGUUAGAGGCGAUACUGGUCGUUUAUUGGCAGCAAUAGCGGCUUUACUCAUGUGUCCAAGAGCAUUAGCGGUUCAAAAUAUUCAAAUGCCAUGUGUAUUAACAUCCUUACAAAGAAGUGUACAAGCUGUUUUACUUGGAAAACUUGCACGGCCAGACUGGAUUACAUAUGGAGUUCCUAAAUGUGCUAAGAUUUAUACUUCUACGCUUAUGUUACCAAAUGAGAUAAAUAAUAUAAUACUCAAUGGACGAAGUUUUGUGAGUGAUGGAAAGUACCUGUAUCUGCAUACAAGUAGAGGAUUAUUGAAGAUUGGUAAUGGACAUGGAGGAACUAUUUGGGGUCAUGUGUAUGUUCAUAAGACGGACUUUUAUCCAACAGAAACGGGUUGGCUUGGUUAUGCAAAUAACACGUUGUACUUUAAAUAUACACCGAGAAAACAGAGCGAGUUACUAAUUAUUGAUGCAGAAACCCUUUCAGUUACGGAGAUUGCUGUUUUAGAAGGUCGUGAUUGGUCAUCCUCUGUUAUGUUUUCUGAUGGUGAAUGCUUAGGAAUGAUAACUGCUGGAAAAGACGAUGGUUUUGUAGUCAGAACAAUAAAUACAUUAAGUAAUCCAGUAACAGUCGCAUCAGAAUUACCGUUAAAAUUAGCAAGAAAAUGUGUAGAUGUUUUUGGAUAUGCUUCUUUUGAUGAAGAACAAACAACUCAUACAUUAAAUCCAGGCUGUGAUGAUGAAAUAGCUACAGUUACUGCAGGAAAAGAAUUUGCAUUAUUAAAAACUGUAUCUGGAAAAGUUCUGUACAGUGGAAAAGGAACUUCUCUUGGUAUGAAAAAUAACACAAGGCCUAAUAGAUGGAUAGAGCUAACACUUGGGAAAGGACCAAGACUUGUAAAUUUUGCAGCUGGUCAUGAUGGUCAACAUGCUGUAAUGGUUAUGGAAGAUGGUUCAGUUUUAUUUGCUGGUACUGCGAGACGCGGAGAAGAUGGUGAUAAUAAUAAAGUUAGGCGACAACCUAAGCCAGUUAAACCAAAAAAGAUAGCAAAAGUAGAAGGACAGUUUAUUGUGAAUGCUGCUUGUAAUAAUGGAUCAACAGCAUUAGUUACAAAGGAAGGUUCUUUACUGAUGUUUGGCAAAGAUACUUUGCAUAGUGAUCCGGUUUCGGGAAUAGUUACUGAUCUCAGAGACGUUUGUGUUGUUCACGUUUCGUUAGGCAAAGCUCAUGCUGCAGCAUUAACUAACAAAGGAUAUUUAUACACAUUUGGAAUUAACAAUAAAGGACAAUGUGGUAGAGAUUUUAAUACAAUUCAUAAUUCUAUAAAUAAAGAUGUCUCUUCGGUUGCUGUAGAAAUAGGUACAACAGAGGAAGAAUUUUUAGUAACUGAAGAGGAUGGUAUGGAAUCUACUGAAGAUUGGGAAGAAACAAGAGGAAUGUGUCCACCAGGUUUACAUCAAUGGAGGCAUCGUGUUUGCAUGGUUUGCACGGUAUGCCGAGAAUGCACUGGCUACAGUAUAUCGUGCUUAAGCAGUAUACGUCCAGAUCGAAAUCCAGGCCAGUAGAUCAAGUUCAAAUUUUCGAGAGUAUUUACAGAGAUGUCUGGGGGAAAUAAAGCAAAAACAGAGAACGAAGGCAGGUCCGAGUACUGCGAAAUAUGGAAUGAAGAUGAAAGGUCCGAAUAAUCAAAGAUUGGCUGGGCCAAGUGUGAUACAAAAAAUUGCUGGAAAAAUGGCAUUAGGAUUAGGUACUAAUUUAAUAAGUGAGGAAGGUAUUGGUGGAAGUGAUAUUGAACGAGGCGAUGCUGCAAGAAUUGCUAGUAUACCACCGGCUAGAGUUCCUAUACCUAGUGAAAGUCCUGUGGUUCAAGUAUCAUGUGGUUUGCAUCAUACAGUGGUACUUUUACAAAAUGGGGAAGUUUAUACAUUCGGUAGCAACGUAUAUGGUCAGUUAGGUGUAGGAGAUUUGGUAGCACAUGCUGGACCAAUUCACGUUAAAUUACCAGGGAUUGUAACACAAGUUGCUGCUGGAAGCAAUCAUACUGUCGUACUUACAUCAAAGGGGGAAGUGUUUACAUUUGGAGUUUAUCAAAAAGGACAAUUGGGUAUAAAUUGGUGGAAUGGACAAAAUGAACUCUCAAAUUCUCCGCAAGUUAGUCGUCGUUCUGACAGAACACAGCCCCGGCAUAGUUAUCCAAAUGUAGUUCCAAAUAUUGGUCCACAGUGGGGUAGAAGAGCAACAUGGAUUGGUGCAAGUGGAGAUCAAACUUAUAUCAAAAUUGAUGAAAUAAAUUCUAUUAGUUUAACAAGAAGUACAGUUAUGGCAAAUAAAAGUUGCAUAAUUUUAAUUCCACAUCAAACUGAUCACGCAAAUUCUUUCAAAUGUUUAGUUAUAAGUAAAAGAGAUGGUACUUGUAACAGUUAUAGUGGACCAGAUCAAGUUGAUUUCAGUAAUUGUGCGACAUGUUUAGAUCCUUUGUAUAAUGUAAUUUGGACUUUUAACCCUACGAAUAGUGAAAUAAGUUUGUAUAAUAUUAUAUCAACGGAAGCUAGAAUAAUUCCUGGAUUGGAAGCAUCCAUUUUGAGUCCAGGUUUAACAAUACCAGCAGUAUCAAAUUGUUUUGUAACACGUUCUCAAGCUGCAAUGCAUUUAUUGGGUUGUCUGGAUACUCUUGCACAAGCACAAAAUGAAAAUUUGACUGUAAUAGAAGAGAAUGAAUGUAAUCAAUCAACACACGGGAAAGUGUAUAGUCGUGAAGAUUUUGUUACAGUCAACAGGUUUGAAAGUCAUGGUGGUGGUUGGGGAUAUUCCGCACAUUCUAUCGAGGCUAUUAGAUUUAUGCCCGACACUGAUAUUUUAUUAGGAGGAUAUGGAUUAUUUGGAGGUCGGGGAGAAUACACGGCAAAAAUAAAACUCUUUGAUAUUGGAAUGGAUGGAGGAGAUCAAGAAAAUGAUGGCGAACUUUUAGCAGAAUCUGAAGAAAUACCAUACGAAUGUGGACCGAGACAAAAAUAUUCUAUUUUAUUUUAUGAACCAAUUCCUUUGCAAGCAAAUAGGUGGUAUGUUGCAUGGGCUAAAAUCAGUGGGCCUUCUAGCGACUGUGGUUCUGGUGGUCAAGGAAUGGUCACUGCAGAAGACCAAGUUAUGUUUUAUUUUAAAUCUUCGAAGAGAUCCAAUAAUGGGUCCGAUGUAAAUGCCGGACAAAUACCACAAUUACUAUAUCGAAUUGUUACACCUGAAAAUCAAACUUCUAAUAGGCAAAGAGAUCGAAUUGAACCAGUCUAUGUCUUAAAAAGAGAAUUCAGCAGAACAGUCACUAAAGAAUGUUUCCAAUCAUUAAUAUCUCUCCUUCAAUGGAGUUGGAAUACAUUAAAAGCAACGUUAAAUGAUACUACUUCUACUCAGGCAAUAUUUGAAGUGGAGCGUUUAAUUUAUAUUAGUAGAGCUAGUUUACGACUACUUAGGAUCUAUACUAAUGAAAUUUAUCCUAAUCAAGUGGGAAAGAAAACACCCUCUGAAUCAGUACGGUUAGCAGAAUGCAUCGGUGAAGUACGUGCAUUAUUACAUCAAAUUUUAUCGGAUACUGUACCAUUAAAUACGAAAAGCAAAGGCAAAACACGAUCAACCAAAAGUCCCAACGCCGUAAACAGUAAGGCGACAAAUAGCAUAUUAGAUGAAUGUCACAAAACAUUUGUAGCUUGUUAUCACGCAUUUUAUCCGACAGCGUAUUUGAAAUGGACAUGUCUAUGCGAGCUGCUGUCAGAAAUCGACAGGGAACAAGGAGAAUCUACGAAAGAUCGAUUGUUAUCGGCUGUUCUAGCUGCUCUGUGCUGUCCUACUAUUCGUCUUCGAUGUACAUUUCCAAUUCUAAAUAACAUCAUGGAUAGUACUGAUAGCAUAAAACAGCAACUUAGUCCAUCCGAUAAUACGGGCUUAUUGAUGAUAAAUUCAUCAGAAAGUCAUCAGUAUCCAAUUUUAGUGGAACAAAUUAGUUACAAAUCUCAGGUGGAAAGUUCUGGCAAAGAAAUUUUAAACUGGUCGUUUCGUGACGUGCUUGAAAGACUGUUAGAUUUGAUUCUAGUCCCUGUGAAGAAAAGUCUUUGUAGAAAAAAGACUCAGUCACGGUUGGAAUUGGUACUUUAUUGUUCUUAUUUGUUAGCGCGUGUGAUUGCUGAAUUAGCGGCACAAUCUAGUGGAAAUGAGGAUGAACUUCAAGCCGCCUGUGGCAGACUUAUGUAUACUACACCUUCGAGAUUUACUCGAGUAAAUCAAACAAGAUCAUGGAAUACCGGUAAUGGCUCCCCAGACGCAAUUUGUUUUUCAGUCGAUAGAUCUGGUAUUGUGAUAGCUGGUGUGGGUAUUUAUGGAGGUGUUGGAAUGUAUGACUAUGAGUUAGAAUUACUCGACGAUCAAAAUAACACGGGCAACGAUCCAUCUCACACUCAACGUUGGAGUAGUUUGGAUUUUACACGAGGCUCUUUCGGGCCAGAUGAUUGCGUUAACGACAUAGUAGAAUUAAAAUUUGAUAAACCUGUGCCCAUUAAGGAAAAUAUAAAGUACGCUAUUAGACUGAGGAAUCGUGGAGGACGCACAAGUAAUGGCGAUGGUGGUUUAAGCGUCGUUAAAGGACCUGACGGAACUACAUUUACUUUCACAGCUUGCUCUUUAAGCUUUAAUGGUACGACUCAGACAAGAGGUCAAAUACCACACAUUCUCUAUUAUUCAAAUCCCCAAGACUCUGAUGGCCAGCAUACAAGUAAAGCGAUGGCUGAGGUGCAAGCAAAAAAGUGUGCUCUUGCAAUGACAACUACGAUUAUUCAAAGAUCGAACGAAAUUUUCGCAUUAGCUAGAGAAAAAGCAGAAGAAGUGGUAACUACCGAAGUUCUUGGAAAUGCGCCGUUUGUAACGACUCUUUUACCAUUGGUUAUGGCGCAUAUCAGUCCUUUAGCUACAUCAGAUCCCAGAAGCGGGGUGCAAAUUCUUACUUUAAUUCAAGAAACAUUACCCCAUGUUGCGGCACUUAAUUUAUUAUCCACAAUGGGAUCGUCUGAAGUAUCUCAAGACAGUGAACUUCAAUCUCACGUUUCUACACCUACUACUACCAGUCAUCAUUACACCUGGUUGGAAAGCGAUCAUCCUUAUAAACCUGCUACAGUAUCCCAUUAUAGAGUCACUUUCCCAGAGACUGUCAAAUGGUUAUCCAUUGAAUUCACACCAGAAUGUGGCACAGCUCAGCCAGAGGAUUAUUUACAAUUGUACAUUCCAAGUGUAAUCUCUCCUCUUACAGGGAAAUGAAGUUAUGUUUUCGUUAGAGACCGCUUCCGAUUACAUGAGAAACGACAGAGCAAUUACAUACGGAUUUAAAUGUCUGGUUAUUGGAUACGAUUGGAUGACAGCGGGGAAUGGUUUAAGAAAUCUGGAAAUUGAAUUGUCAUUCCUUGGUGGAGCCUGUGCCGCAAGUCUUAUGAAGAGAAAUCUCGCGUUACCGCCUGUAUCUAACGAAGAAGUGGAAGAAGAUUUGGAGCUGAUGCAAGAAACUGCAAAGAGGAUUUUUUCCGUACACUCGACGUUACUUGGACGAGGAUUCGCUCUAGCUUCACCUCCAACGGUCUCCCAGGCUCUCGACGGUAUUCUUCCAUUC